UAUAGACCUGGUCGGAUCCAAAUCCGUGCAAAAAAACCAUCAGGAAAGACCAUUUUGGUGGGUUCUCUGUGGUGUUCCUGGCCCGGACACACAGUGGCAUGCGCUGCGCUCUCAAGAGGAUGUAUGUCAACAAUGUCCCUGACCUCAACAUCUACAAGAGAGAGAUCACUAUUAUGAAGGAGCUGUCUGGUCAUAGGAACAUAGUGAACUACCUGGACUCUACCAUCAACUCCGUAGGGGACAGUGUGUGGGAGGUGCUCAUUCUCAUGGAGUACUGUAAAGCUGGUCAGGUAGUGAAGCAGAUGAACCAGCGUCUCCAUACAGGGUUUACGGAGCCGGAGGUGUUGACCAUCUUCACUGAUACCUGUGAGGCUGUGGCCAGGCUGCAUCAGUGUAGAACCCCUGUCAUACACAGGGACCUGAAGGUAGAGAACAUCCUCCUGAGUGAUAAUGGGAGUUAUGUUCUGUGUGAUUUUGGAAGUGCUUCUCUCAAAGUGCUGCUUCCACAUAAAGACGGAGUGACCGCUGUGGAGGACGAAAUCAGGAAGUACACGACCCUGUCUUAUCGAGCUCCAGAGAUGAUCAACGUGUACGCAGGGAAGGCCAUUACCACCAAGGCUGAUAUCUGGGCUCUUGGUUGCUUGUUGUACAAGCUGUGUUUCUUCUCGCUCCCGUUCGGGGAGAGUCAAGUCGCCAUAUGUGAGGGAACCUUUGUCGUUCCCGACAAUUCCAAAUUCUCCUUCAAGUUGCACUGCUUAAUCAGAUAUAUGCUUGAGCCUGACCAUGAGAAGAGACCAGACAUCUAUCAAGUGUCCUACUUUGCCUUCAAGUUAGCUGGAAAGGAGUGUCCUGUGCCAAAUCUCUUUAACUCUCCUCUCCCCACGUCACUUCCUGAGCCGCUCACAGCCAGCCAAUUCGCUGCCAGGAAGAGUAUGACGAAAGCCAGAAUCACAGAGUCCGUGGGCCCAACGGCAACUUCCAUCACUCCGAGACAGAGACCCAAAGCUACAAACAGUUAUGUGCUGCCCAUUCCUGUUGCAGCCGUCACCCCUACAGCUGCCACGCCCAUCGUCACCCCUACAGCUGCCACGCCCAUCGUCACCCCUACAGCUGCCACGCCCAUCGUCACCCCUACAGCUGCCACGCCCAUUGUCACCCCUACAGCUGAGCCUUCUGUACCUGUCAGCAAUGGGCAGAAAGCGACCACCCCAGGGAAUGGGCAACCGGUGACGCCACAGACAUCCAACAGGGUCCUCCAGCAGCUGCAGCCUGGGGACCUACGUCUGCAACAACGAGAUCCGCUUCACCCUGUCCAUCCACAGCAGCUCCAAUACCUUCAGUACCAGCAGACCCUUCAGCAGGCCCAGCUCCAACAGCAGCAGCAGCAGCAGGCCCAGCUCCAACAGCAGCAGCAGCAGGCCCUGCUCCAACAGCAGCUCCAACAGCAGCAGCAGCAGGCCCUGCUCCAACAGCAGCAGCAGCAGCAGGCCCUGCUCCAACAACCGGUGAUGAUGCAGCCCAUGAAUCAGCAACAACAGACACACUACGCAGCCAUGAUGCACCAGUACCAACGGGCUUUUGCACAGCAACAGCAUCAACACCCCACCCAGCAGCCCUAUCCUCUGGAGUGUCAGCUUCCCCCGGGCUCCUAUAACCCUGCUGGGCCUGGGCCUAUGUCCCCUGUGGAGCCCCCGUCCACUAACACCAGAAGCCCUCUGGUGGACUUCAAGGUGACCACCCCUCCUCCCCAGAGCCUGGUCACCCCCCAGAGCCUGGUCACCCCCCAGAGCCACCCUCCUGACAUGUCCCGAUGGAACCCCUUUGGAGAGGACAACUUCUCCAAACUGACGGAGGAGGAGCUGCUGGACCGAGAGUUCGACCUCCUCAGAGCAAGUAAACGUCUGGAGAGAACCAGUAGCCAGGAGGCAGACCGACCGCUGCAGCCAAUCACCCCUGAAGACCUGUUUGGCUCCUCCCCCUUCCUGUCUAGUGCAGGUUCUCGUGUGAUCACUGAUCAGCCUAUUGAAGAGCUCAGUAGCCCAGUGGCUGCCCCCGUACCUGUUCCUGUGGGCCGGCCUUCCCUGGAGGAGGAAGUGCUGCAACCUCCGGUGGCGAAGGAGCACAAACCAAGUAGGAGGAGAAACUCUCCUAUGGGUGGUUUACAAACGACUCGCAAACCAGGUGGUGACGAAUCAGACAGUGACUUUGAGUCAGAUCCUCCUUCCCCUAAGAGCAGCGAGGAGGAAGACGACCCGGACGACGACGAAGGUCUGAACAACGAGCACAGAGAGUUCUUCAACGAACUGGAAGAUUUGGAGGAAACGGAGAUGCUGGGACAUAGGCCUCUGCUGAUGGACUCAGAGGCUGAGGAAGAGUACGACAAACACAGCUCCGACUCAGACUAUGAACCCGGGAAGGUUAAGGAAGGACUUACUAGGAAGCUAAAAGGAGGAGUGGCUACUGCCACCCAUGAGGGUAGUCCGAGAUUGGAGUCAGAAGACACACUAAUCACGUCGCCUCCCGAGUCACCUGGUGUGGUGGCUGUUAGAGCUUCCCCUUGUGUCGGUGGCAUUGUGGACGUGUUUGGUGAGGAUGUGUUUGGUGCUGUGCCCUUCUUUCCUCCAGCGGCAGCUCCGACAGAAAGCGCAGACAUCUUCUCCGCGGCUCCCUUCAGGCAGGUGAGCCAGGAGGCCAACCAGCCCAGCCAGGAGGCCAACCAGCCCAGCCAGGAGGCCAACCAGCCCAGCCAGGAGGCCAACCAGCCCAGCCAGGAGGCCAACCAGCCCAGCCAGGAGGCCAACCAGCCCAGCCAGGAGGCCAACCAGCCCAGCCAGGAGGAGUUGGACGUCUUCACUAAGGCUCCGUUCAGCCGGAACCUCUCCAAGACUGGAAGCAGCGACUUCUCUACGGGUCGGACUCCGCCGGUGUCCCCUGACAGCAUCGACCCGUUCGGCUUCUCUCCCUUCCAGCCCGGCCCCACGGGCCUGCCACCAACCACCUCCAGGAGUGCCGAGGACAUCUUCCGUCCAGCCUUGGAGAAUUCUCUCAGCCCCCAGCAGCAGAGGCUGAAGCAGCGUAGCCUCCAGAAGUUAUCCUCACGUCAGAGGAAGUUCUCUGGUGGCACCAGCGGCGGUCGCAAGAACAACAAGCCCAGCUUCCGAACCCCCGAGCGCGUCCGCCGGCACAAGAAGGUCGGCAGGAGGGACUCCCAGAGCUCCAACGAGUUCCUUAGCACCUCAGACUCCAAGGAGAACAUCGGCAUCGGCGGCGUAACGAUAGCAGACACCGACAAAGGAAAAGGGGCUUCCCUGCCUAGCCUUCCUCAUGAGGUCGACCCCUUCGGAGCCAAUCCCUUUGGUCCUCAGGAUGGCAGCCGACUUAACCAGUACCAAGGUCUUCUGGGGGACAGCAAGGCAGACAUGGGUUCGGCCAAUGGCAGGCCUCGGACUAGCUCCCUCCAUGAUGUGUAUGGGGAUGGGAACAUCAUGGAUGACUUUGGAGCGGUACCCUUCACAGAACUGGUGGAGCACCCUGGGCCUGAACAGCAGCCGUCACAGCCAGUAGAGCUGGAUCCUUUCGGGGCUGCACCGUUCCCCUCCAAACAGUGAAUGUCUUGCUUAUCUUCCCGCCACACACACUCUCGUCUUUCUCAAUCACACACACUGCUGUGUUACACCAAGCCUGUGGAGUCCCGGGGAGAUAUUCCCUUCCAAGGGAUGUCAACCAGCUUGGUGGUGUGGUAGUUGAUUAUAUUUCCAGCCAAAAUUAACCGCGAUCGGCAUCUGUGCUAAUGUGUUUCCAAUGCCCCCCCCCCUAAAGGAUAUUUUAAUACAUGAAUACCUGGACUUUGGGAUUAACAAAACCAACAUAAACCUGUGGCUGAAUUUUAUUUCAGGUUCUGUAUGAAUUUCCUUCACCUGUACCUGUUAGCUGACAAGCCUUUUAUGCUGCGUCGCAAUGCGUGUCUCUGAGACAUGGAGAUGGAUUUUUGGUUUCACUCAAGAUCAUACUGUGUCAAACAACAAGAUCGCUCAGUUUUCAGAUCGCUUGAGUUGCUGCAAAAACAACCCUUUUUUUGUUGUUGUAGUUGUUUGUAAAGAUUGUGGCCUCCAUGACCUACCAAUAAGAUUUAAUUUAACACCAUAAAGCCUUAUAAACAUU